UUUAUUCUAAAUACUUUUUUCCGAUGGCCAUUCUAAUCUCAUUCGAGUUAAGGAUCACUCAAUCACUUGACCUUCGAGUCAUGUCACUCGAUCACCUGACCUUCAGGUCACUCAAUCACUCUACUUUCUGAUCAUUUGACUUUUGAGUUAUGUCACUCUUAUACUCACUCGAUCACUCUAUCUCCGGAUCACUCGCCUUCUCAACCCCAACACACAUCCGCCUUCGAGUCAACCCCAAAAACCCAUCUAAACUUGCCCCUAUCACCUUAACCUUUAUUUUUUCAAGGCUAAUCAAGGUUUCGGUAUAGCAAUAUCUGGCUCUAACGACGAAAAGGAACAGCCAGCCGGAAUUUUUAUAAGCGACGUUUUAAACAACGGCCCAGCUUCCGGGCUUUUACAAAUUGGUGAUAGAAUAACUUCUUGUAACGGCUACCCUUUAGAACACGCUGAUUAUUCUAGUGCCAUUAAAGUUAUGAAAGAGGCACAGCAAUUAAAUAUGAUUGUAAAGCGUCGUGUUCCCGUCCCUUUUGUUGAAUUUGAACAACGCACACUUAAAUUCACCCUAAGCAAGUCUCGUAAAAAGGAUGAUUUUGGAAUUGUUUUGGGCUGUAAAUUUUAUAUUAAAGAAAUUUUAAAUCCAAAAUUGGCUGAGAAAGAGCCUGGACUUAAAGAGGGAGACUCUGUCCUUCGAAUUAACGGCCAGUCACUUGAUGGAGUCUCUCUAGACGAAGCUACCAGACUUUUACAACGCUCACGCGAAAAACUUUCUUUGGUAGUUCAAAGAGAUGUUCGGCGUGGGUCGAAUGGGGGAGGGGGGAAUGCGAGUAAUCGGUGGCCUAGUCAGACUACGGUCUACGAAAGACUGGGAAGUGUCCAGGCAACUCCCCGCCAUUCACCAACACCAGCUCAUUACGGCUUUGCACCCCCUAAUGUUUCUGAUAGUCAAUAUAUGAGCCAGAGUGGGAUAGGAAGGAAAGGAUCGACUACGAGCAGUGGGGCCGAUUAUUCCCCUGCUAGUGGAUAUAAACGAUAUUCUGAUCCAAUGAGUUGUUCACUCAGAACAGAAUUUAUUCAGAAUAAUCAGAACAAUAAUCAGAAUUUUUAUUCGUACCCACCACCACAAGGAGGAGUUGUUUAUCCCUCUUCUACCCCACAAAAACAACAGCAACAAACUUUUAUUCAAAUGCAAAACAAUGGCAAGCCGAUAAACACAACAAUAACUGCAUCAAAUGUUGAACAAACAGAAAAUAAUCAACAACAACAAAUUUCCUCGCCCUACUUACAACAUAAUCAACAACAACAUUCAAAACAACAUCCAUCUCCACAUCCACAACAUCGUUAUUUAAAUAAUAAUUCUGUGCCUUCAAUACAAACACGUGCCCAAUCACUUACUCCAUCUUCUGUUCAAUCCCUUCCUGUUGGGGGAGGAGGGGCAUGUUCAGCAAAUAUUUUAAUGAAUCAACAACACAAUUCCCUCCAAAGACCUAAUUUUACUCCACCCAUUGAACAGCAUAACCAACAACAAUUAAUUGCCCAUCAAAUUGCUUGCCAGAGGCAUGUAUUUUACAGUAGAACCUCGUUUAAAUAUGGCAAUUCUCGACUUAUCAAUAAUUCAAUUAACCUUCCAACCACUCCAAAACAACAACAACAACGUCCCCAAACCAUUAGAACCGUUUCCUUCCAAAAAGGUCCUUCAGGCUUAGGAAUUAGAGUAAUCGGAGGAAACCAAGUUGGAAUAUUUAUAAGUGCUGUCCAGGAACAAUCACCUGCUGAUCUACACGGAAUUCGAGUCGGAGACAGGAUUCAUGCAGUUAAUAGUGUUAGCAUUGCUGGUUUAACAAGAGAAGAAGCUUUCGAUAUUCUCCUUUCUCUUGGUGAACAGUCAAGUUUGGCAGUUGAACAUGCUCCGGAAGAGUUUGCUCAAGUUAAGGCUGGAAAAUUUGGAGACAGUUUUUAUGUCAGAAGCCAUUUUACUUACAACCGCAGCACUUCAAGAGGAGCAGCCUCGCAACAACCAGGCACUCAGCAACCUAUAGAACUUUCUAUUAGAGCUGGCGAUAUUUUUCAUGUGACGGAUACGCUGUUUGGAGGAUCUUUGGGGUAUUGGCAGGCUACUAAGAUCUACAGUGCCGAACAACAAAAUUCUUCAUCCUCCUCAGAAUCUACAUCUUCAUGCACACCAGCUACCACAAAUACAGGCAUUAUCCCACAUGCAAAGGCAGCCGAACAACUUUUUAAAGUUUAUCGCCAAACUAAUAAUGCAACAAAUAAUGGGAUUAAUACAAGUGAUCAAACAAGUAAUGGAGGAACAUUGGGCCGUUCACUAUUUAGAAAAAAGCUUUCCUUCUCUUCACGCAAAUUGUUUGGAGGUUCUAGCAAUAAUGGAACAACUCCAUCCGACAAUUUAGACGAAGUGUUAAGCGGUGCUGGUAGUGCUACCAACAGUUUUACUGAGACAAUCCCACCUGCUUACGAACGCGUUGCAUUGAAACGACCAGCCUUUCAUCGGCCAGUAGUACUUUAUGGGCCUCUAGCUGAUGUUGCGCGGCAACUAUUACUGAGCCAGUCUUCGAUGCGUUUUGGUGCCCCACUGCCCUCAACCUCCUCCAUCACUUCAGGCACAGGAGGUGUUGCUGAUCCACUUGUUUCCUCCCUUUCUGUCUCCCCUACUCCAGAGCGUGGCUCCGCCAAUAUUCUGGGAGGUAUUCGUCUCUCUGCCGUCGAUACAGUAAUGGCAUCCCAAAAACACUGUGUGCUCUGUGUCAACCCUGCAUCUGUUGAACGUCUCCAACUUGCACAAUAUGCCCCUAUUGUUGUACUAAUUGAUGUUGAAUCGAGAUCCAGAGUGAGAGAGUUGAGAGCCAAAGCGGGGGUAACAACCGUAUCAGCCCGUAAAUUGGUUGAACAGGCUCAGAAGCUUAAACGUCAAUACUCCCACUUGUUAACAGCUACGCUUGAUGCCACAAAGGAGGACCAGUGGUUUGAAGCCCUGAGGGCGCUUAUAUUUCAUUUACAGGAACGCCGAGUUUGGAUGCCAGAAUUUCAACUAGACCAGCCUCUAGACGAAAUGUUGCUCCUUCCAAUGCAACCACCCGGGGACACACCAACUAGUGACGGGGACAAAAGCGAUUAUGGAACUUAUGACCCUCAACAACAACCACCAUUAAAUAAUGGAUCGUACUAUAAAAAUAAUUCAGAAGCACCCUACGUGCUUCAGAAUCCAGCUUAUUCUCUUUCUGUUAAAGGCCAAUUACAACAAAAUCCGGCAUUGCUAGAAAAACAAUUGAAAGGGCAACAACAACAGAUGUCUUCAUCUUGUAUCUCAUCUGCUCAAUCAACCCUGUUAGAUUCUUCAAUAACUUCAAAUCACUCCAACCCAAUCAACCCAUCUAGAAAUUCCCCCUUCCCUCAAUCACAACCUUUAGCCCUCUACAAUAUUAAUAACCAACAACAGACUAAUGAAAUGAAUAAUUCUAUUAAUUUGAGGCAAUAA